AUGAAGUCCUUUACAAAGUGUGCCUUUGCUAGUGCUGUCGUGCUGUAUCUCGCAUGUCUAGGUGUAACUACACCGGUUGCGACUCGUGCAGUCGACACCAUUCCAUCUCACGUUAGCAUCGAGUGUUUCUCUGGUCAGUGUUCCGAGAAGGAUCUGAAGGUGCUCGCCGAUGUUCUUGACAAAAUCCAAAAUGACCCAAAGGCCUCCAAGAACUGGAACGUUACUUCAUCCAUCGAAACUGUCAAACCCGGUGUCAAAAAACAUGCCAAUGGUAUCAAGCUGGCUCCCCGCGAUGAUGCCCCUAAGACGGAAAGCGACCUGGCAGGCCUGGACCUAAACCAAGUCAAGCACUGUGCAGCUGGCGACUGCUCCAAACAGGACCUCGAGGCAAUCAAAAACCAGGUCAAUGUCGCGACCAUCCCCUCGUGGCUGUGGCCAAUUCUUGGAAGUAUUGGCAAGUUCAAGUUCAACUAUGGCCUCGACUAUGGCAUGGACUCCCCCCAAAAGCCUCCCGCCCCGAAAAAGCCCGAGUAA